AUGGGAGACAAGCCAAUUUGGGAGCAGAUGGGAUCCAGCUUCAUUCAGCAUUACUACCAGUUAUUUGAUAACCUCAGAACCCAACUAGGCACAAUUUAUAUUGAUGCAUCAUGCCUUAUGUGGGAAGGACAGCAGUUCCAGGGGAAAGCUGCCAUUGUGGAGAAGUUGUCUAGCCUUCUGUUAGACACACAACACAGCAUCACAGCACAGGACCAUCAGCCCACGCCAGAUAGCUGCAUCAUCAGCAUGGUUGUGGGCCAGCUCAAGGCUGAUGAAGACUCCAUCAUGGGUUCCACCAGAAGUUCUAUUAACAUUGAUGAUGCUUGGGUUUGCACCAAUGACAUGUUCAGGCUUGCCCUGUACAACUUCGGCUGA